AUGGCAAAAGUCCGCGAUCACAGGACUGCGAACGUUGGUGAUCACGGGACUGCGAACGUUGGUCAUCACGGAACUGCGAACGUUGAUCAUCACAGGACUGCAAAAGUCCGCGAUCACGGGACUGCGAACGUUGGUGAUCACGGGACUGUAAACGUUGGUCAUCACGGAAUUGCGAACGUUGGUCAUCACAGGACUGCGAACGUUGGUCAUCAAGGAACUGCGAACGUUGGUCAUCAAGGAACUGCGAACGUUGGUCAUCAAGGAACUGCGAACGUUGGUCGUCAUGGAACUGCGAAUGUUGGUCAUCAAGGAACUGCGAACGUUGGUCAUCAAGGAACUGCGAACGUUGGUCAUCAAGGAACUGCGAACGUUGGUCGUCAUGGAACUGCGAAUGUUGGUCACCAAGGAACUGCAAACGUAGGUCAUCAAGGAACUGCGAACAUUCGUCAACAAGCAAAUGCGAACGUCGGCGAUUACGAGACUGCAAACGUUGGAGAUCAAGGAACUGUUGGUCAUCAAGGAACUGCGAACGUUGGUGAUCACGGAACUGCGAAUGUUGGUAAUCACGAGACUGCGAACUUUGGUGACCAUGGAACCGCGAACGUUGGCGACUACGGAAUUGCGGACGUUGGCGACUACGGAAUUGCGGACGUUGGCGACUACGGAAUUGCGGACGUUGUCGACCACGGAACUGUGGAUGUUGGGGAUCACUGGACUGUGAACGAGUCCUACUGCUCGUUGACGUUGAAUCCACCAUUGAUAAAGUUAGAUUCCUAA